AUGUUGCCAGCGUUGCCACCGAAUGCGGCGCACAUGAACCAGCCACUGGAUGUGGCUGUGUUCAAGCCGUUCAAAGCCAUGAACGCAAUCCAAAUUGCUUGCUCCGCCUACGAAACGGCCAUCAUGGAUCGGCCUAACAACGCUGUGAGCGGGUUUAGGUCCACGGGAUUGUUCCCUCCCUCGCUCGUCAACAUGACGAAGCGCCUGAGAGUCAACACGAACGGCGGCGCGAGAGGCGAGAUCGGGAAAGAGGCGUGGCUCAUGCGACAGCGCGAGACGGUGAAGGAGAGCUGGUGUCAAACGAUGCGCUCAACCUACUGA